UCGUCGCCACGUCGCUCGUGAAAAUAACGGUUUAUAUGUACUGUGCGUGCUAACUUCAAAUUAUCCUACAGCGAGCCAACAGAGAGCUACAAAUUUCUGUAGCCUUGCGCCGUCAAUUGCAGCGUUGCCGCAGCGCGUGGGUACACGUUUCUUGUUGGUUAUCAUUAUUCCCUACACAUCAUUCACGCCAGCGCUUUCUCCCGCAUACCCUUUCAGUCCUGUCAUUACCGACUCUAAUCAUAAACAUUUGUCAUGCCUGUAGUCUGGCAGAGACAUCCUCGAUAUUUCCUCCUCGUGGCCUUGGUUCUGACAACAACUUUCUUCCUACUGAGUCCAUACGAAUCUCCGCUCUCCACCGACUCGUAUGCUGCCUAUAUCCGUGACGGUACCCUUUCAGCACGACUUGAGCGAGCAGAAAGGGUCUAUCAGAAAUUAACAGCUGGUCGCAAGGACCUAAUACAAAGAUAUGGCACAAGCUCUCGCGACAUCGUCAUGUUUCCACCAGACAAAGAUCCAUGGCCAGCAUACACCGUCUGGAGCUUCUUUCCUCCGUCUUUCGACUGUCCGCACGAACUAGAGCGUAUAGGUGCACUGGGGGAUGGCGGAAAGUGGGUAUGCGGCAUGUCCCGACUGGAGCACAAACCUGACUGUAUCAUAUACACUUUCGGUAUGAAUUAUGAAACGUCAUUCGAGGCGGAGCUCCUAGAUCGGACGCGGCACUGUCAAGUCUGGGGAUAUGACUAUCGCUCCAACUCGUUUGGAUCCAACAUCAAGAACAACUAUCGCGCACACUUCUUUUCAUGGGGCCUUGCCAACCUCGAUGCGCAUGAGUCGCACAAUACUCCUAAGCUGUAUACUCUCAAGACACUGCUUAAGAUCAACAAGCAUGAGCAUAUUGACGUGCUCAAAAUUGACAUAGAGGGUUGGGAGUUUGAGACACUCUCACAGAUCAUCCAGCCAUACAUCUCGUCCGGGGAACCACUACCGUUCGGACAGCUUAUAGUUGAGAUUCACGCCUGGGACAAGAAAUUUGAGGAUUUCUUGCCUUGGUGGGAGAUGCUAGAGCAAGCUGGAUUGAGACCAUUUAUGAAUGAGAUAAACCUCGUAUACCAGAACUACAACCGAGGGAAAGACACAGAUCUCGCAGAGUACUCCUUCAUCAACAUCAAAGGAAACAACAUCUUCAUCUCGGACCCGCAGGGUGCUCCUGGGUAUUCGGAUGUUAGAUAAAAACUGCGCUGAUUGCACUUCGCAGUGUAAUAGUACACAUGAUGGAGACUCCGUGGUGGCGUGGAUAUAAUGACAUAGUGGACAGUCAUUGGUCAAUUUUGUGUGAAUACACACACUAUGGAUAUACGCAUGUAUUAAUGAUCGAGUAUAUGUUGCAGGUCCAGUGCAAGACAGCGCUGUAGUGCUCCGCUUUGGAUGUGCUUCCUUAGAAUUUACAGGUACUGACCGCACCAUAGCGGAAACCUGUGUCUUGUUACCUGAAAUGACGUUCUUGCUGUAUUUUGUAAACGGCAUAUCUGCUCUUGGGUCUCGG